AUGAGAGAUAAGCACAAUGCGCCACUUUUUUGGUCUCCAAUAUUGAGCGAUUCGACUUUUAAUGAUUCAGCACUUAUACCACCUUCAACAUCGUUCAAAACAGGAUCAUCGGGACAGUCAAAAAACAGCAAUCAAACUGUUUCUGCAUCUGCAGCAGGUAUGCGUGCUAUAGUGUAUCAGCUACAAGCAUUAUAUUUACGUACCCCAGUAAAAUUAUUUCGACCGUCUAGAUUUGACUACUUGGCUUACGUACGAGAAUUAGCAGACAAACACGAUAAUAUUAAAUUGAAGCCUUACAAAUUUCGUACUCAUUCUUCGGUUGGCAUGCUUAUCAGCGUUUUGAGGAAAGAAGGAUGGCGAUUUAUACCUGAUCAGGUUUUGCCCCCAUUAAUAGCAAAUUCUGCUACUGGUUUAAUUUUAUAUGCAACAUACUUAAGUGCUCUAGAUAAAGUUGGCUUCAAUUCUUACCUUAAUGUUUGGAAAGCGGGCCUUAUCGCAGGUGCUGCUCAGUCCUUAGCAGCUGCACCUGUUGAUGCAAUAUACACUCGACUGUCUGCUGCUGAAAUGUUGAAUGGGAAUCAUCAAAAUUUGUGGGUAUAUGGCUUGAAAAAGUUGAAGGAAAUUGGCUUGGUUGGAGUAUUUGCAGGGUACGGAUUUUCAUUGAUUAAAGAAAGCUUAGGUUUUGCGUUUUAUUUUUCUACUUUUGAAUUGGUGAAGACGAAAGGUUAUAACUUAACUUACAAAAUGAUCAGAUCUUAUCGACUGAUCAAGAGUUCCUUUCGAAAGAAACUUGCAUUUAUUAUGAAUAAACCACCACUGAUCGAUGAGAAACUGAUGAAAUUAGCGGAGACGAAACUGACUAAGAUCUUGAAAUCAUCCUUUAUUUUAUUGGCAGGUGCUUCUGCAGCACUAACACUAAUUACCGUACAAUACCCGCUAAGCAAAGUGCAAAAGGUUCAUCUCUCUAGGUUGGAAGCUUUAGAUGUGUACAAUGCAUAUCAUGAGACAUCUCGACCCUUUGUUAAGCUUUAUUAUAAUUCUUAUAUCGACACAUAUCACCAUAUUAUGAAGAUGAAGGCAAAGUCCAAACUUCCUUGGUUUCAAUUUGCGUACAAGGGGUUCGUUAGAAAUGCUUUGACAACAAUUCCGGCGACUUCUAUUGGGUUAUUAGUGUUUGAAAUCAUGCGGACAAAGUUAGCAGACUCUAUGGACGAGGAAUACUUGAAAUAA